GUCAAUGGUCAUAGCCUCUCAAACGAAUACCAAAAAACAUAGCACACCUCUCAUUGCUUUCGUUGGCUUUUUGUCCCAGUCAGGACGAACUCACUGCAAGACCAAAAAAAUGUCGCUCGGCAUCACCACCUGCCUCCUAUUCAACAAUGAAGCCGGAGACGCCGCCGACUUCUACGUCUCCGUCUUCGCCCCCAACUCGCGCAUCAUCACCAGGCAGCACUACUCCAAGGCCGGACAGGAAAUGCACGGCCAGGAGCCCGGGUCCGUCCUCCUCGUCGAGUUCGAGCUAGGCGGGCGGCGUUUCGUCGCGCUCAACGGCGGGACCUCGGCCUCGACCCCGCCGCGGGGCUUCAACGAGUCCGUCUCCUUCCAGGUGGACUGCGCGGACCAGGCCGAGGUGGACCGCUUCUGGGACAAGCUCAGCGCCGACCCCGCCCGCGAGCAGUGCAGCUGGCUGGCCGACAAGUACGGCGUCUCGUGGCAGAUUGUGCCCAAGCGCAUGAAGGAGAUGCUCGCCGCCGAGGACCGCGCUGCGGCGGACCGCGCCAUGGUGGCCAUGAUGGGGAUGAAGAAGCUGGACAUUGCGGCCUUGGAGAAGGCGUUUGCGGGGGAGUGAAUAUUUGCGGUGCCAUGUACAUACAUACACACAGUCGUUGCCACCAAAAGAAACAGG